AUGGAGCUUUUCUAUUUUCUGGUUAUCAUUUGUUUGAGUUUCGCUUUCUCCGGGAGAUGCAGUAAUGAUUAUAGCAGGAACGAUUUCCCGGAAGGAUUCGUCUUCGGAUCCGCAAUUUCCGCUUUUCAGUGGGAAGGGGCUGUUGAUGAAGACGGACGGAUGCCUAGUGUAUUGGAUACAGUCACUCACUCUAGUAAUGGAUCUAGCGGAGUUAUAGCUUGUGAUGGGUAUCAUAAGUAUAAAGAGGACGUAAAGCUGAUGUAUGACAUGGGUUUAGAUGCAUUCCGAUUCUCUAUCUCGUGGUCCCGGCUUAUACCAAGUGGAAGAGGUCCUGUGAAUCCAAAGGGUUUACGUUUCUACAAAAAUCUCAUACGAGAGCUCAAAAGACAUGGAAUUGAACCGCAUGUUACAUUGUUACACGAUGAUCUCCCUCAGGCUCUUGAAGAUGAAUACGGAGGAUGGAUUGACCGCAAAAUCAUCGAUGACUUCACCGCUUAUGCGGACGUUUGCUUCAGAGAGUUUGGGAACACAGUGAAAUUCUGGUCAACCAUUAAUGAACCCAAUAUGUUAGCAAUGGUAAGCUAUGGUGUGGGAUUAGUCCCUCAUAUUCAUUGUUCUCCUCCAAAUGGGAUGGUCAACUGCACCAAAGGAAACACUUCAACUGAGCCAUAUAUUGUACUCCAUAACAUGUUGCUUGCACAUGCAUCUACCGCGAGAUUGUAUAAGCAAAAGUAUAAGAAUAAGCAGAAUGGAUCUAUAGGUAUAACCUGUUUCGCAUUCUGGAUGAUUCCUUUUACUAGCUCUGAAGAGGACGCGAUUGCAACUCAGAGAGCCAAAGAUUUCUUAUUAGGCUGGGUUUUGCAUCCGUUGGUGUUUGGGGACUAUCCUAAUGUGAUGAGGAGAAUCGUGGGGAAAAGACUGCCAUGUUUUUCGGAAGAAGAAUCAGAUCUCGUUAAAGACUCAUCCGACUUCUUGGGAGUCAUACACUACAGAACAACGUACACGGCAGACUUAUCCAGCCCCAGCCAAGGAGAUUUUCUUUCGGAUAUGGCUGCAUCAAUAAUCCGUAUGGGUUUCUUUCAUGAGAUCAUUGAUGUGCAUCCAUGGGGUCUUGAAGGAGUGUUGGAAUACAUAAAGCAAAACUAUGGCAAUCCUCCUGUCUACAUUCUCGAAAACGGUCGUCCUACCAACCACCACUCAUCGCUUAAUGAUGUGGGAAGAGUUGAAUACCUUCAUGCUUACAUCGCUGCUGUGCUUAAUUCAGUGAGGAAAGGGUCAGAGACAAGAGGCUACUUCCAGUGGUCAUUCAUGGAUUUGUUUGAGUUUAUCGAUCCCAAUUAUACAUAUGGGUUAUACUAUGUGAAUUUCAGCGAUCCAGAACGUAAGAGAUCUCCUAAAACCUCUGCUUUUUGGUAUUCUUGUUUUCUCAAUGGCACCACCAUUUGUCCACAAGAGCUCAAGAACAUCUCCAUAUCUUCUUCUCCUGGUUUUUCAUCUUCUUAACUAUUCGCAUUCUCC